AUGGAGAGUAUUGACGACGUUGUGGAUCGCGCAAGACAGGCGCUGGAGGGAGUGUCUGAAGACGACGAGGAGCGAUGGAGGAAUUUGGCAAAGUUCGGAGGUCUGCUCGACUGGGCAUGGAGCCAAACCAAGUCCAUACAAUAUCUUGAGGAAGCUAUUGGGGUCUCUGAAGCUCUGGUGAAGGUCACGGCAGAGAAGGGCCUGAUCACGAACCAGGCAGACUUCCUCGCCACUUUGCACUCCCUCUGGCUGGAAACGUAUCACGAAACUCACGAAAUUAUGGAUCUGGACAAAAGCAUUCAGGCUGCCAAAGAGGCUGCAGAGUUAACACCGGAAGAUGACGAAUAUAAGGCCAGCAGACUUAGUGAAUUCUCACAUCGGAUUCAUACAAGAUACAAGCGCUUGGGCCGGUUGCCGGACUUACAGGAAGCGAUUCAAGCCGCGGAUCAGGCUAUAGAAGCUUCCCCGGGCAUACACAAUGAAGCUACACGCGCUGGAUGGCGGAGUGACCUUGCGUUCCUAGUUACAGCAAGAUUUCGACAUACUGGCGAGUUCAAAGACUUGGAAGAUGGGAUCCGUUAUGCCAGAGAGGCGGUCGAAGCCACACCCGCCGACCACCGCGAGAGAUCGAAUAGGUUGAACAACCUUGGGCACGUUCUAUACUCUAAGUACGUCUACACGGACAUGCGCCAAUGUUUGAAAGAGGCUAUUAGCUUGGCCAAAGAUGCCAUUGAUGCAUUCACUACAGCUGUGCCUCCGGACCAUCCCAGCCGACUUGAUCGGCGGUUUAACCUAGCUGUACGUCUCGGAGCUAGAUACUCGCUGACAGCUUCCGAUGAUGAUAUACAUGAGGCAACACGAAUAAGUCAAGAGGUAUUAUCUUUGACUCCGCACGGAAGCCUGGAGUUACCCACCCGUCUUAACCUCCUUGGGAGCUUGCUAGAAGACCGGUACAAAAGCACUCUCAAAAGGGAGUACCUGAAUGAGGCAAUUGAGAUCGCCAUGAAAGGUCUCGAGGUAACCUCAAACGACAGUCUCGACCAGGCUACGUUUCUGAGGAACCUUACCUUUCGUUUCGGCGAGAAGUUUAUGUUCUCAAACUCGCUGGAUGACCUGGACUUAGCCAUACAUGCGGCAAGGAAGGCCCUUGAGAUCAUUCCCCGAGACGUACCAGAGCGACUAAGUGUAUUGAGUAAUCUUGGAGCUUUACUCGGAAAGCGGUACUCUCAGACUCUGGACGCAGAUGGAUUGGACGAAGCCAUUGGAUUUGCUAGAGAAGCUCACGAUACAUUCGCGGGGCCACACAUCCGCAUCAACGACAAGAUUUCCCGCAUCAUCGUCCUUCAUGACCUUCUUGAUAAGAAGUACUCGCGCACCGGAGCAAUGUCUGACCUGGAAACUGUUAUUCUUGCGGCAAAGGAGGCUGUGAAAAUUACACCGAAAGGCCACGAACAGCGUCCAGAACUCCUGGAUACUCUCAGCCAUCAUCUUGACCACAAGUAUUUCUACACCAGGACUACCGAUGAUGUACACGGAUGUAUUCAAUUCACGCGAGAAGCUCUUGCUGAAACCUCACUAUCUAGCCCACAUUGGGCAGCACGCUGCCAUAACUUGGGCCUCCGACUAGGCGAGCGCUACUCUGCCAUCGGGAUGCGUGCAGCAUCGGACCUGAGUGAAGCAAUUCUGAUGAGCCGAAACGCUGUCAAGGCAACUCACGAGAAACACCUGAUGCGUCCAGACUACCUGAACGGUCUUAGCAUGAACCUCGGACGACAAUACUAUGAAAAUGGACGGAGGGAGGAUCUCGACGAAGCCAUCAGGUCUGCCAGAGAAACCAUGAAGAUUGCACCAUCGGAUCAUCCAGACCGCGGUUACUUUCUCAUCAAUCUAAGCAACCGCAUCGGUGACAGGUUCACUCAUACCGGCGAUGAAGGUGAUUUGACGGAGGCCACUCAACUUGCCCAGGAGGCCUUGGAGGCUACUACACAACACGGUCCUCGGCUAUCCAUCAGGAUGAACAACUUGGGACUCCGUCUGAGAGACAGGUACCUGAGGACUGGUGAGAUGAAAGACCUUGAUAAGUCUGUUGAACUCGCCAGGAAAGCAACAGAAGCCACUUCUACGGGCACGAAGACUCCGGAACGCAUCGACCAGCUGUUCAAUCUAGCAAUCCGGCUUGGCGAUAGAUAUCAGCGUACAGGGGAGAAAGCGGACUUGGAAGAAGCCAUCGGACUCGCCAGAGAAAGCGUCCAAUCUACGCCUGAAGGACACCCAGCUGAAGGCACUCGCCUUAAUGCGCUGGCAAGUCUGCUGGGCAAUAAAUAUGCCCGUUCACAUGCACUCUCACAUUUGGACGACUCCAUCGCAUUCGCGAGGAAGGCCGUGCUAGUCGGUAAACAGGACCACUUUGUGAGAUGUGCGGAGUAUUUGAAUAACCUCGGAAACCGGCUUUCUGACAGGUACUCUCAUUCUGGGGCGCUGAUUGACCUCGAAGAGGCUAUCAAGUUCCACGACGAGGCAGUCAAAACGGUUCCUUCUACUCAUCCAGAUAGGGCAGAUUAUCUGAACAACCUUGGAAACGCUCUAAGUGAUAGAUUUGAGCGGAAGGGGGAAACGGCCGAUUUUGACCGAGCUAUCGAUGUGUCCCAAGCGGCUUUGGCGGCACUUGUUCCACGGGAUAACCCCAACCGAGGACCAAUCUUGAGCACCAUUGGAAACAGACUGAUCGAUCGAUACUCUGGAGAAAGCCACCCGAAACGUGGACUGAUUGAAGAUCUCAACAUGGCAAUCAGUCAGAUCAACGAAGCUGUGCAGGUCACACCUGAAGGCCGCCCCGACCGAGUCAAGUAUUUGAACAACCAGGGAAAGUUCUACGGUCUCAAAUAUCGACAUUUUGAAAUGCAACAUUUGGAUGACCUUGAGUUGGGUAUCAGCGCUGCCAACAAAGCGGUGAAUACCUGCCCCGAUGAUCAUCCUGACCGAGCUGCAGCAACAUUCAAUCUUGGGCGCUUACUUUGGGACAGAUACUCCAAAGUCGGAGAGCCAGAUGACUUGCGGAAUGCAAGGGCAAACUUUGUGUCGACUUUGGGCCAUAAGCAAGCCCCGAUCAGCUUGCGUAUCGAUGCUGGCCGACAAUUCCUGUUAACUCCAGAUGUCUUGAACGACAGACGGCAAGCCUACGACAUGGCGAAGCAGACUAUUUUACUGGUCCCAAUGUCAGCGCCGCUCUCACUGCGCCCAACCGACAAACAGUAUCUCCUGACACAGGCCGUCGGACUAGCCUCAGAUGCAGCCGCCAUCGCACUAGAGGCUGACGAAAGCCCUGUCGAGGCUUUAAAACUGCUCGAAACUGGGCGAGGCAUUAUCGCCGGUUCUCUGCAGAAGAUCCGCGCAGACACAUCGGAGCUACACCGCUCGCAUCCAAAGUUGGCUCAGAUUUUCGACCAACUCCGGAUUCUUAUGGAUUCAUCCAACACGAGCCAUGGUGAUUCCGCCAAGUCGUCCCUCGAGGCCGACACCCGUCAUCUUGCUACGGCUCGAAUGGAAAAUUUGCUGUCGAAAAUCCAGCAGCAGCCCGGUUUUGAAGGGUUUCUUGGCACCGUAUCUGAGAAUCAGAUGCUACAAGCGGGUUCUCGAGGCCCCAUUAUUGUUAUCAACGUUAGUCGGUUCAGGUGCGAUGCUAUUAUUGUUGGAGAAUGUGGCAUUCGAACUUUACCACUAAACGACGUUACCUAUGAAAUCAUCGAGUCAAAGGCCAUUGAAGUCAGGUAUCCCUUCACUCUGAUCUGGCUAUGGGAUGUAAUUGUAGGACCUGUUCUCGAGUCCUUGGGCAUUUUGAGCACGCCGCACGCGGGGAAACCUUGGCCGCAUGUUUGGUGGAUUCCGACCGGUCCGCUGGUUGGCUUUCCUCUUCACGCUGCUGGUCAUCACUUUGGUGGUCAAGAGCGGACAGCGCUUGACCGUGUGAUAUCAUCCUACAGUACAUCCGUUCAAGCCAUUAUUCAUGCUAGGAAGUCGAUGAACUACAGCUCUGUCAAUCAGAAUGACGCAGCAGACGCAGCACAAGAGGAAAGCGAAGGCAAUUCUGGCCGAGAAUUCGUCCUCGUUUCCAUGCCGAAGACGCCAGGCAUGACAUCACUGAAGUAUGCUACGAGCGAAAUUGACGCCGUGAAGUUGGGCUGCAUAUCCAGAGGAAUCAGCUACACUCACGCGGCUGGAAGACACAAAGAUGUAUUUGCCGCGCUAAACGGUGGUUGCAAAGUGUUCCACUUUGCUGGGCAUGGCGAUACGCAUUCUAUCGACCCUCUCCAGAGUCGAUUGCUUUUAGAAGACUGGGAGGAUCAAUCUCUAACAGCUGGCAGUCUUUUGGAGAUAAAUCUCAGAGAAAAGUCUCCAUUUCUGGCUUACUUAUCGGCGUGCGGAACGAGCCAGAUUCUUGAUGAUAAGUCUGUAGACGAAAGCAUUCACUUGGCUGGCGCCUUUCAGCUUGCUGGCUUCCGACAUGUCAUUGGGACGUUGUGGGAAGUUGACGACGCCUUGUGUGUGGAUGUGGCAAAGUUGGCUUACGAGGGGUUGUGGAAGGGGGGCAUGACGGACGAUUCUGUGUGCCGGAGCCUUCAUCACACGAUCCGGCAUCUUCGCGACGACUGGGUUCAAAGUCAUCAAAUGCGCAAAAUACCACAAACAAACCGCUCACGUGUGGAGGAAGAGACGACUCAAGGCAGUGAGAGUAUGGAGGUCUGA